AUGGCGUCCGCUCUGAGUCAAUCCGUAAGGCGGCUCAGAUACGUCGCUUCUGCAGCUGUUGGUCCUUCCCGAGUCAGCACAUCGUAUGCGACUAGUCGAAGCCUCUCGGCCAGCACGCGACGACUCGAUGACCAGAAGCCAGGACCCCCGUCAUCGUCGGACGAAGCUUCCAGUUCUACCUCUUCAGGCGGAUCAUCGACCCCAGCAAACGAUGUGAAUCAGGAUGCAGCCUACAAGCCGCCGGCUUCGGCUACUCAAGGUUGGCCCUUCGACUCUGCCGCUUCGUCCGGAACUGAUGGAUCAGCACCCUCGACCUCAAGCAAUCCAUCCUCUUCUUCCUCAAGCAGCUCUGAUCACAAUCCGUACAAAGGUCUGUUUGACGGAAGCGAUCCGUUCCCCACAGUCUCACCUCCGAAGCUCGGCACCAAUACAUCUUCGUUUGAUCCCUCAUCAUCAUCAGACAAAGCCUCCUGGCUCUCUGACCAGCUCGACUCGCUCACCACAUCACCCAGAACGCCACGCUCCACCAAUCGCCCCACACCAUCCUCUCCCGACGAACGCAAGAAACACCUCAUCCCGCGGUCCGUCCUAUUCGCGGACUCGGAAAGCACCCGCCAAUCCGACGACUUCAAGCCGCGCAAGACCUCCCCCUCUGCCACACGCAAACGUUUCGAUCGAACCCCCUUGACCCAGCAGGAAGCGAAUGCCUUCAUGUCUCUUCUCAACCAAGCACUCGCCGGCACCUCCUCUUCCUCCGCUGCAACCUCUUCCUCCACUUCUCCGCUAGGCUCGUCCAGCACGAGCAAUGACCAUACACCGUUCGGAAGCUACACCUCGCUCAUCUCGAAUCCCAAGACGCAAUCCGGAAGUCGAGCCCUACUGCAAGCCUUCGCCAAACGGAACCGACUGAAGCGCUUCGAGGAUGCCCGUGCCCAGCGAGCGAAGCGAUUCGUUCGCGAGGGACUCGCUGCCCAGAUCGACCCUCUGCAGCUGGAAGCAGGGAUCGACGAGGCACGAGAAGCCUUGGGAACGUGUGAGAACCUAGCCGCGGUGUUGGAGUGGACGAAGCGCGAGGUGUGGGGAAUCCCUCCCCUCAUCACCACCCAAAACUCAGAGCUCGACUCGCAACCCCAGCCUUCGCCAAAGUACGGCAAGGACACGGCGUUCUACGCCUCCGCUCUGCACCUCGUCUUCCUCGCCAUCCGAGAUCGCUACCGUUCACCACGCGUCGCCCUUUCGAUCACGCGCACCACCCGCUCGCUCGGCAUCGAAAGCUACGUCCUCGGAAUGACCGGUUCGCUGUACAACGAAGUGCUCAAAACCCAGUGGGACUGGCUGGGCGAUCUACCCGGUGUCGUAUCUACAUUGAGGCAGGCGCGAGAGACUGGGAUUCUAUCUGCUCCGGUGAAAACCUCCGCGGCGGUGCCGCGGACAGAGCAAGCUGGGGUGAAGGUUGGAUAUGCGACGAGCGAGGAUGAGACGAUUCGAGAAACGGUGGAUCGGAUCGCGAAUGACGUCAGGAAGUACGUGCUGGAUCAACAGCUGUCGUUGGCACGGGAGGAUGUGCUGUCAGGUGCGCAGAGGAUGAGGGACUGGAGUCAAAAGUGGCUGCUGGAGAAUGCGGAGGAGGCGACGAAUUUGGCAGGACAGCCGUUCAGGACCAUGUACAAGCACAGGGGUAGAUUCGAGAGGGACGAGGAGCACGAGGAGCAAGGGAGGAACGAUAGAGGCACGGGUGGGAUGGGAAGGUUCAGCGGUGGGAGUGAGAGACGAUCGUUCGGGAAUCGAGGUGAGGGUGGAAGGCUUUCGAACGAGGCGACGUUUGGGUCGAGAUCGGGCGGCUUCAAGACGAGGAGUUUUGAUCAGGUGUAG